AUGCACGCAACAAUCACCCCACAGUUUGCCCUGCCCCCAGCCUGCCCUGGGCUCUUGUCUCCCCAUCUCCUGCUGCAUUGGGGGUGCCCCCUGGUGCUCUGCAACCCCCCCGGCCCCAUCCUCGGGCUCCAGAGGGGUCAUUUCGCAUCCCCUGCCCACAGCAGCGGACAGACCUCAGGGGUGUGCCCUGGCCCCAGGCAAGGGCUUCUCCCCUCACUGGGCCACAGGCCAGCCCCCCCAGACGCCGUGCAUGCACCUACGCGUUCUCACCCCCCCUACCCUGGGGCGGCCACCCUGCUGACAGCCAGACUCCCCCCGCCACCUCUCCCACAGGCUGGCAUCCCCCUGGCUCAGGGUCGCAUCGCUGUCUCACUACCCCAUGCAGCCCCCUCCUUCUUGCCAAAGGACCCAUCCCCAUAG